AUGCUCCGCUCCCAUAAGUUGCAACUGGACGAUGUACCUCCCACUGUGCGUGGCAUCGUCCGCUGCGGUGCUGGCACCAACAAUAUUCCUGUCAAAGAGAUGACUGAGCGAGGAAUACCAGUUUUCAACACGCCCGGUGCGAAUGCUAAUGCCGUAAAAGAACUUGUAAUUUGUGGUCUCCUUCUCGCUUCCCGCGGCAUUAUAGAGGGAAAUAAUCACGUCAACACCGUGAUUAAUACAGAGGAAGCUGGAGACUACGAAAGAGUGUCGAAGCGAAUUGAAGCUGAUAAGUCCAUGUUCGGUGGAAAAGAAAUUGAAGGAAAGACACUAGGUGUGAUUGGUCUUGGCGCCAUUGGCUCGCGUGUUGUAUCUGCUGCUCUUGCUCUUGGUAUGAAUGUCAUCGGCUAUGAUCCCGUGCUAUCUUUAGAUGCUGCCCUUCAGUUACCUGGUGACCGCAUGAGGCGUGUUACUGACCUUGAUGAUAUCUUUGCCGAGGCAGACUACAUUACUGUCCACGUUCCUUAUAUCAAAGGUGUUACCCAUCAUCUUAUUAACUCCGAAGCGCUCUCGAAGUGUAAAUCCAAUGUGCAUUUACUCAACUUCGCUCGUGGUGAGAUAAUUGAUGGUGCUGCUGUUCGUUCUGGAUAUGAUACAGGGUUAUUGACAGGAAAGUAUAUUUCGGAUUUCUCUGAUCCUGAUCUGAUGGGACACCCGCGCCACCUCGUGCUUCCGCAUCUGGGCGCCUCAACUGAUGAAGCAGAAGAAAAUUCAGCUGCUAUGGCUGCUCAGACGAUGAUGGACUUCCUUGAGACUGGCACUAUACGCAACUCUGUCAACUUUCCAACCACUAUUCUAGCCCCUCAAAAGAAUUCUUCUGGCGCCCGCCUCUGCAUAGUGAACCGCAACGAGCCUGGCGCUCUUGGAGAGAUCACGACAUUCCUUGGGUCUAGAGGUCUGAAUAUAUCGCAGCAGAUAAACACUUCCCGCGGGGAUAUUGCGUACACAGUCAUUGACUUCACCAAUCAACCAGAGGACGCUGAAGCAAUUCAGGCCGAACUCGCUAAAAACUGCAGUUUCAUAAUUUCUCUUCGUUUCCUUGGCAUGGUAUUCGCUGAUGAGCUUGGUGAACCGGGCACCUAUUUCUAUGUUUCAUGGGCCAAAUGA